AUGUUGACUCGGAGACCUCCUGCGAGAGCAGGAAGAGAUCAAGGAGAAGCAGUCACAAUCGCUCGAGUGGGAAGAAAAGCAAGGGAUCCGAUUUCUGCGGCUCCGGUCAAGUACGGCGGCGCGCUCCGGCCGGGGGAGGGCGACGCCAUGGCGCAGUUCGUGCAGCAGGGGAAGCGGAUCCCGCGGCGCGGCGAGGUGGGCCUGUCCGCCGAGGAGAUCCAGAGGUUCGAGGAGGCCGGGUACGUGAUGAGCGGGAGCAGGCACUCGAGGAUCACCGCCGUGCGCCUCCGGAAGGAGAACCAGGUGUACAGCGCCGAGGAGAAGCGCGCGCUCGCGACCUUCAACUACGAGCAGAGGGCGAUGCGGGAGAGCAAGGUCAGGGACGAUCUCAGGCGCCUCGUGGACAGGACGCUCGGCAAACUCGCCGAGACAGAGCAUGACCCGUUCGCCAUGCCUCCUUCACGUUAG